AUGGCUGCGGUUGUCUCCCCUCAGACCUCGCAGGACUCGGGUUCGCAGGAGAUGGCCCCGCAGUCGCCGCCGAAUUCGCAAUCGGCCAAUGCGCUGCCUCCGUUGAUAACGUCUCCGCCUGCGCAACCGCCCAAUGCCUCCAGCUCACGACCCACCUCGUAUGCCAAAAACCGCCUCUCCACCAUGUCACAGGUGUCGGCCGCUCCUCCUCGAUCGCGCCCGCAGUCGACGGCCUACCCCAUCUUCCACUCCAGCCUCAGCUACACCCUCGUCCGCGACUUCGCAUACCCGCCCUUCAGCCCCCUGUUCUACGGCCCGCUGCCCGAACAACGCUCCGAGUCGUCAACCCCCGUUAGCGAAGCACAAAGCAGACGCGUGUCGGAUCCGUCGCUCUCGUGGGAUGGCUCGCGAGGUGGCUGGUCGCUGACGUCGUGGGAGCCCCGGGGCGAACAACUACCCUCGACCAGCUUCGGCGACGGGCCGCCGUGGAGCGAGGACGAAGACCUCCACAGCCCGGUGGUCACGAGUGCGCGCCACCGGAAACACAAGUCCAAUUUCGUCGGAUUCGACAGCGAUCGGGGCCGUAGUGUAGAUCGGGGUGCACGGCGGGGCUCUUACCACUCGACAAAUGGCGAUGGAACCCGGAACUUUUAUGUUAGCGACUUCGACGAGGCGGCGAAUGGCCCAGGCGGUGAAUAUAUUACUUAUCCGGCUGGCGACGAGGGCAAUCCAGGCGGGCUGUCGGUCCCAUCGUUGCAGGGCCGGCGCCCGAGCUACACGGACGAGGAUGGGUUGGCGUACGGAUCGGAGGACGACGUGUCCGAGACAUCGUCCCAAGGGGGAUAUGCAGACGAGAGCCGGUACUCGCGGGAUUACCAGUUUACCAUAGCCUCUCCUGACGAAGAGAUGCACGGCAAGGCCGUUGCACUGUUUGACUUUGAACGCGAAAACGACAAUGAACUGCCGCUUACAGAAGGACAGAUUAUCCUGGUCAGUUACCGCCACGGCCAAGGUUGGCUUGUCGCACAAGAUCCACGCACCGGAGAGUCCGGCCUAGUGCCGGAAGAAUACGUGCGGCUCCUUCGGGACAUCGAGGGCGGCUGGAACGGUUUGAUGAACGGAGCACAAUUUGCGGAGGAUCACAUGACUGAAAUCAACAACGAAGCCGACGCGAAUCAUGCCGCUCUCACGAGUCCGCCGGGCGAGGCGCUGACGCCCACGCAAAACCACCAUCACCGCCGCGACGCCAGCGGGCAGAGCGGGACCUCGGAAUACUACACGCCUGUGGUGAGCACAUUUUCCACCAGCUCCAAGGACCUGCAAAAGUAUCCUCAACACCUGCUUGGCAGUCAGGCGAACACACCGAUAGGGGACGGAACGUUUCCACGGAGAGGCAGUAAGGCAUCGACCCAACCGAACAGUCCAAAGAAAGAGGAUCCAGAAGAGAAGGAAUGCAACAAGGAAAAGCGCGAGGAGGCCCAGGCUGCUGGAAGCACCUAG